CAAUUCCAUCAUAUCUUUCCUCUUCUCAUAUUCCACGCAUACGAAAGCUAUAUAAGAAAGAAGGCUCGGGAAAGAAGACUUCGACGGUACCACACAUCGAAUCGGACGGUGUGAAAUAUCCGUCGCUUCCUCUUCUCCCCAAUCCAAUCUCCCUCUGAAAAAUCCCCUCAUUUUCCACCAUAAAAUCCCCUUUCAGGAACCCAAUCUUUGGACAAAACAGCACAACAAAUUAGGGAAAUGCUAUCCAAGAGCUUCAAGGCCGGGAAAUGCAAGACGUCUUUGAAGCUGGCGAUUGCUCGCAUAAAGCUUCUAAAGAACAAAAGGGACGCACAGUUGAAGCAGAUGAAGAGGGAUUUGGCUCACCUUCUUGAAUCAGGGCAGGAGAAGACUGCAAUGAUUCGGGUUGAACACGUAGUCCGGGAGGAGAAGACAAUGGCAGCAUAUGAUAUUGUUGAACUUUACUGUGAACUCAUUGUCGCGCGCUUGCCUAUUAUUGAGUCUCAAAAGAACUGCCCCAUUGAUUUGAAGGAAGCGAUAUCUAGUGUAAUUUUUGCAUCCCCAAGGUGUGCCGACAUACCAGAACUCCAGGAUGCUCGCAAGCAUUUCACUGCAAAAUAUGGGAAAGAGUUUAUCACUUCUGCUCUUGAAUUACGACCUGAUUGUGGAGUAAACCGGACUAUCAUUGAGAAGUUAUCUGCAAAGACACCCGAUGGUGAGACAAAAAUCAAGAUCUUAACUGCAGUUGCUCAAGAACACAAUGUCAAAUGGGAUAGGGAGGCACUUGAAGAGCAAGUUCUCAAGCCUUCUGAGGAUUUACUGAAAGGACCUAGUAAAUUUGUGAGUGCCAGCACGAUGCAUGUGGAAUCUCCUAAUGUCCAAUUCCAACCUCCUGCUAGCCAAAAGCAUGAGCCGGCUACGACAUCAGUCGAGAAUGAUAUUACCAGAUCAUCAUUGAGUUCCACACCCCUUUCUUCCACAAGCAUGAGCACUCCUCCUUCAAUUCCUACUACUCAUCCUGAGCCGAACAGAAGAGGUGGAGUAGAACAAAGACAUCCAUUUUAUAAGGAUGAGAAUGCUUAUUCGAAUAGGCAGAGCUGGAAUAUGGAAUUCAAGGAUGCAACUUCCGCCGCACAGGCAGCCGCAGAAUCUGCAGAAAGGGCAAGUAUAGCUGCUAGGGCUGCUGCAGAAAUGUCCCGUGGAAAUUUUACAAGGGAGUAUACCACAGAAUCACAAGGACCAUCUUUUUACGGUUCCAGAGAUGAGGGACACAGAAGAACUGGUUCGAAGUUGAAGGGUGAACAUGUUGAGCAUUCAGUUAGGAUGGAAGAUGAUCUACCGAGUGGUUCCUAUGGAAGAUCAUCGCAAAGGACGCUGAGUAAGCAGGGAAGCGAAAUGGAAGAUCAUCGCCCGUUGGGAGCAGCCGAAAGCAGAUAUCUUGGCCAUGGAAGUGUGGAAAGGAGAGGUGAUCAGUCCGCUUCUUCUCGUUCCAGUGUAACUGCCAUUCAUGAAUUGGCAGCCAGUCACCAAAAGGCAGAUGAGUUUUCUCGAAACAGCUCGUCUGAGAUAGAAUCUAUCAAGCAGAAUUGGCAGAGCAAAAAUAUUGAGAAGGGAGAUUUUUUUAGGGAAUCUAGUGUCAAUAAACAACCUAGCCGAUCUGCUUCCUCCCAUUCCAGUAUGGGUUCAUUCGACGAUGACAUUUCUGUUGAAAAUCUUCAGGAGGAAGGGUUUUCUCAUGAAGGAUUCACUGAGCCAGAAUCUGUUAACCCGAGUCAACAGAGUAAGGAAACCGAGAAGGGUGACCCUCUUGGAAUGGGAAGCCUCUGGAAACCUGGAAGGUCUUCUUUCUCUCAUUCCAGUACGAGUCCUAUAGAUGAUGAUGCUAUUUGGGUUACGAAUGUCCGCAAGCAUGCGGAUGAUGCUGAGCACUCUUCAGUCAGUAUGGGACAAGGAAACGCUCAAAUAGGCAGUGAGCAACCUGGUGUGAGUGAUUAUUGUGCUGCAGUUUUUGAUGACUCAGGAUCAGACAGUGACAGUCGUUUGGAAUUAGAUAGCCACAGUGACAGACGCGAACAUGACUCACACUUUUUGCCCCAAGGAAGAAAGUCACCAUCUCAUGUCUCGUCAAACACAGAUCCUUGGAGUCCAAAGCAGACGGGAAGUGAAUCUCUUCUGAAGGACAGCUUCAGCACACAACUGCAUUUUGGGACAGAAACCCAUCCUUCUGCCACGUUUUCUGAAGGGAUUGCAAAAACUACAGUUCCAUCGCAGUCUGAUGACUUAUUUCCUGCAACCUUCAAUGACUCUGAUGACCCUGCUAGUGAGAAUGAAGAGGGGGAUGAUUUUAAGCUCAGAGGACAAAUGGCUCAAAGCAGUCAUGGGCCGGCUGAUUCAUCACUUUAUAAGAAAAAUGAAGCAACAGGAUCAAACAGAAAAACUUGGUCACAUGCCGCCUCUGAUGAUUUUGAAUUAGAAGAAGCUCACUCUGAGAUUAACCAAAAGGCAGAACUGAACAUUGCUGCUGAAUAUCACCCAUCUGGAAAACAUACGAAAUCCCCCAGGAAAUAUGAUUUAGUCAUGGAACCGUUUAACAACUCAAUGGUUGAAGAGCAGCACCCAGUGCAAUCUUCGAGAAUUCCAUCAUCCAAGGAAGUAGGGACUCAGGAAAAGUUUGGUGCACCGACUUUGCUUGCUAGUUCUAACAAUUUGGGACUGUCAAAUAACUCGAGCAAUGAAAGUGGGAGUGAGUUGAACUUGGGAGGAUUAAUGGGUGGUUUCAGAAACAAAGGUUACAGCCGGCCACCUUACAUCAGGGGUCGUUCUGGUGAUGAUUCACUCCCAUCCAAACAAUCAACAAUGGAUGAGACACCCACCAUUGUUGAGACACCAGCUGAUUUCCGCACUGAGAAGGCCUCAGCAAGUUCUAAAGCUAACAAUCAUGAGCUGUACAACCAGAAACCGCGUGCAAACAUUCUCAAGGAAUCAGCCUCGUCAGCAAGAACCUUUUUUGAUUCAGAUAGUGAUGAUGCUGAGGAGAGACAGCUGCACCGACCUGUUGGCAGCAGUGGCUAUCGAGGUGGCAUGCUUUCCCGCAGGACAAAGGAUUCUCCAAGACAAUCUGAAACGGCUAGUCCUUCAAGGCUUAUGCGCAGGUCCGAGGUGUCAACUAGUUCUGCUUUUGGUGUUGGAAGCAGGUCCUCUCCUCUGAGUUCUUCUAUGGCUGAACCUCUUUCUAAGCCUCAAAUAAAGACAUCAAGGCCCAGUUCAUCAACUGCGCAACCAUCCAAGCAGCUUCCACAGAUUGAAAUUUCAGAAAGUAGAGAUAGUGCGAAAUCUUCUCAACCUAGUUCAGCUGUUGAACAACCAUCUAAGCUUGCCCUGAAGACUGUAAUAUCAGGGAGUAAUGAAAUUCCCAAGUUAUCGAGUUUGACCGUGCGCUCAACAUCAAGGGAGAACUCACAAAAGAGUGCUAGUCAUGUUCACCCAAAGCUUCCGGACUAUGAUUCCUUGGCUGCACACCUGGAGUCACUCCGAUCAGAUCGACGUUCGGAAUAGGCAUUACAUUCUCAAUGUUUGCAUUCUUUUUGGGGGGGUCAGGUCAUGAUAAUGAGAUAGUCAAUCGGAGAUCGAGAACCAUAUGUUGAUUUGUGCCAUAGUUUGCCAUUUGUUGAGUCACUAUUGUUGAUACAAAUUGCCAUAUUGCAUGUAGCUUCUUCGUAUAUUUAAAUAUGUUGAAGACAGAUAAUGGUAGAACAGGAAUAAGGUAAGAGCGCUAAUGAGAGAGCCACAGCUGGUGUCCUAAAAUCAAUUUCUACACAUGGAAAAGAGAAGGGGGGAAAACUAUGAAAGUACUUUCAGAUGCCAGCGUUUGCUCAGUCAUUGAGGCUCUUCGGUAGCAUUUCUCAUGUUUAAACAUGAUCUGAUAGUUAGUUGAGAUAUGGAACAAAUCUAUAGUUUUUCCUUUUUUCUUGUUUUUGUAAUUAUUUCAUUUGUAUUAUACCAUGACCUAUUUUAGUUACAUUAUGCUUGAAUCAGUCACCAUGUGUCUCUUUCCCCGA